AUGCCCCAAUCUGACUCUGAGGAGGAUUUCACCAGCCGCAUUGGUGCCAUUGAUGGCGGCAAUGAUUCUCAAGCUGACAAAGGGACUCAUGGAGAUAGCUCUGACUCUGGAAGUGACCUCGAGCAGAUGCGGAGGGCCCUCCAUGUCCCAGGUCCCACUGCAGAUGUGCAAGAGUUGAGAAAGGCACUUUCCUUUGUACAAGAGGCUUAUUUUGAGACGCAGGAACGAGCUUCGAAGCCCCUUCAAGCUACAGUCCCUGCUCAAAGUCGCAAUCGUACCACAAAGGCACCCUCCGAACUCGAUAAAUCCAUUGCCAAAGCUGCCAAGAAGUAUACGAUGUUCUACAAUUUCUGGAUCAACGAUUCAAUUUUCCUGACAAUUCAAAAACCAAACAUCGAUCCCCACAGCCCCAUGCAUUGGUCAUCCCCUCAAGCAAUGGCUGAUGGGACAGUUGAAGAAUUGUAUGAGGCGGUUCCAAAAGAACUCCAUAAGCAGAUGGAGACAUACCAAGCGUUCAAGACUGUAAACAGUUCUAACCUGCUCAAAGCAGUUAAAGAUAGCGCUUCCAUUGUCUUCUCAUCUUUGAAACUUCCUGUCGAUAUCUUUUCAGAGUCUCUCCAAGAUUCGAAGGCUACCAGCAAGGAUCUUCUCAUUUUGUUGAAACUCCCAGAAAAUGUUGAACUCGACGGCAAGUAUGAACGUCUCGCACCAGUUCUGUUCACCGAUCCACACAACAUGACCUCAGACAUGCUUUUCAAGAGUGUGGUACUUGUCAAAAUGGUGCGUCUUCUGUUGAAGGGGAAGAGUUCACUGCUUGGCACAAAGAAAAGGGGAGGGCCAAAGCCUAGAGGGGAAAUUAUGAAGGUCAAUAGCAUCACCGAGGGAAUGAUCGCUAGUUUCGCCGUCAUGGCAUGCUACUUGCUCACUCAUGACACAGAACUCAAUGUGGAAGGAAACCACACAAAGAUUCGAUAUCGCGAUGAUUUCAAUUUUUAUGUCCAGCUACUCUUCAAAUGUAAUAAAUGGUCAUGGGAAGUCAUGCAGUUCUUUAAUGACGAUUUAUUUGGGCCACAGCCUCCCCAUCAACCACCGCAGUUUGAGCCUACUCACUUAGCUCCUCAGCCACGUAACUGGGAAGAUGACCUUCUUGAGGAGAUGGAUCAGGAUUCUGACACCCCUUUCUCGAUCCCCAAUUCCACUGGAGCCGAGUCCCCACUACAGUCGCAGGCUGGUUCCCAUCCUCCUGACAUGGCAGCCACUGUUCACCCACCUCCCAGUGCCAGUACUUCUGUACUGGAGGAUACGACUGUCAACCAUCAAGCAUCAGCUUCAAUUUCCCGCGAAGGUGCAGGUAAUGCGAGGCUGUCUGCUAUGACUCAAGUCCACCUUGGUGUCAGAAGACUUUCCCUUACUGACCCGGGUGAUGCUGAAUCUGGACGCUCCGUUUCUUCUGCUCGCUGCACUUCUGCAGCAUCAAAGCAGAGGAUCACACCUGUUGCAGCCUGA